AUGAGUCGCGAUCGAGAACGAGGAUCCAGAGUAUUUAUAGGUCGCCUACCACAUCGUGCAGAUAAACGAGAUAUCGAGAAAUUUUUCAAAGGAUAUGGCCGCAUUCAAGAUAUACAUUUGAAACUUGGUUACGCUUUCAUUGUGAGUGUUUUUAACUGUCUGUAAAUUUGUGUUUAGCGAUGCUUGUGCGUAGAUUUUGUUGUUGAAAACGGUUGGCUGGGUUGUGUGGACAGUUUGUGUAUUAUAUUGAGUUAUUUGGCUGGUCCAAGGUUGCUAAAGUAGACUGAUAAUUUGCUGUUGAACGUGAGAGUAAACAUUCGAUACAUGAAGGUUUCAACUAAUGUGUUCCUCAUUUCUUUGAUAGGAAUUUGAAGAUUCUCGCGAUGCUGAUGAUGCAGUUCAUGAUCUAAACAACAAAGAUCUACUUGGGGAUAGGUAAGUUCCCUCAUAUUUGGAUCUUUUUAAUUUUGGAUCCAUCAUCGGCUCUCUGUUUGAAUUUGAAUAAAAUGUUUAGGAAAUUUUUCUAUAACCAAGUAAUAGAGAGCUUAAUUAUUAAGCAAGCUGCAAGCAAGGGUUUUGACAACACCUGUGCCAACUGAUAGAUUGUGAGUGAUGGCGUCAGGUGUUCUUGAUUGAACAACAGUCGAUGUAGUUUCACGUUUGUGAUUCCAAACUAGAGCUGUGCAAACUCCGGCUCUGGCAGUCAAAACUCCGGCUCUGGCAAGGAAAUUUUAAGGAAAAUUACCAAAAGUUCAUUGAAAUAUGAAAUAAUUUUUCAUAAUUUUGUUUGCCGGAGUUUUCCUGCUCUGGCAAAAUAUGCUGGGGCUCUGGUACUCCGGCGCACAGCUCUAUUCCAGACAAGAACAGCUGUGGCUCAAUAUUUGACAAAUAAAAUCAUCUGGUGUUAGAUAGUCCUACAAUAAUAAUUAAAUUAAAAGCCAGUUGCAUAAGGGUGCAUUGCCACUUAUUAAGCUCUGAAAUAUUUGGAUGUGGUAAACUGUAAAGUGCCUAAUAUCUCUGACCAGUUUUCCUUAAUAUACUAUAUAGAGCUGUCAACAUUGCUUCCCUCAUCUUCUCUGCAAAGCCAAUGUCUGUUAUAAUUCCACAUCUUAUGAUCUCCUAUAUUAAAGUGCUAUUCCUCAUCUUGUUCUCUAUCAAAAAAACCCACCCAGGAUCAACCUCGACAAUCAGAGGCUGGUUGUUCAAAGCUGGAAUUAGGCGUUAAAAAAAUACCUGUGGUUCUGGUUCCCGACCGAUCCUAUUAUUUUUUUCAACAUGAUUGACCGUGCGACCCUAUUUUCUCCGGGUGGUUGCGGGCUGCUGCCAAAAUGGUGUCUAUUGUCACACUAAUUAUUGAAAAAACCAUGAAAAAAAUAUUCAAAAAAAAAAUUAUUUCCGAUCUACCGACCCUAAUUUUUUACGCGAUAUGAAACCGGAACCACAGGGAUUUUUUUACGCCUUAAGCACUAACCCUAGGUUAAAAUAUAACACUCUGUUUCGGUCUGUGUAUUUCUACAUAUCUAUGUAUUUCAAAACUUUAGAAAAUAUAACUUCUAAAAAUUUCAAAACAUAUAAACUUUACGAAAAAUAUUUCCAUUCUCAAUUUCCAUAACAAAAUUUCUAAAAAAAUAUUUCCAUGUUCAUAUAAGCAAGUUGUUGGGAAGAUUGCUUUGAAGAUUUUGCUAAGGCGUAAAAAAAAAAUACCUGUGGUUCCGGUUUCAUAUCAUGAAAAAAUUAGGGUCGGUUGGUCGGAAAUAAAUUUUGUUUUUGAAUAUUUUUUUCAUGGUUUUGGCAGUUUUUUGCUGAGCGAUUUGCAGUAGAGUUCAGACAUCAAUAUUAUCUAGAGAUGCGUAUUUCCUAUGGACAAAUUUAGGCAAUUUGAUUCAAUAAUUAGUGUGAGAACAGACGCCAUUUUAGCACGCUGUAUGAGCAGCCCGCAACCACCUGGAGAAAAUAGGGUCGCACGGUCAAUCGCAUUGAAAAAAUAAUAGGGUCGGUCAGGAACUAGAACCACAGGUAUUUUUUUUACGCCUAACCUUGGAUUGAGCUAACCGGCUUUCAAGCAACUGCCCCCUGGUCUUCUUUUCUCUGCAAAUGUUGCCCAUUCAAUGCCUUACCAAUGCCUUACUGUAUUACAACUAUUAUUUCACCAUUAGGGUAACAGUGGAGCAUGCACGGCCAUCCAGAUCUGGUGGCUACAGAAGUGGUGGUGGUGGAGGUGGCGGUGGUGGGUAUGAUCGUGGUAGGCGUGACUAUGGUGGUCGAAGUGGAGGGGGUGGUGGUUUUACAUUUCGUGACAAGUAAGUUUAUGUCAGUACAAAACAUUUUCUGACACAAGUCUGCAAUCACUUGAAGAAAUGUUAGCAAUGUUACCACAGGAGAAUUUUAUUGAAACAUAAAUUUAUCAACCUGUUGCCAGCCUGUUUCUGUUUCAUGUAGGCAAAAAUUUGCCAGCCAGAUUCUUUACUUAUUCCAAUGCCUUUCAGUGGAUAACUUUGUCAUGCUAUGACUAUUAAAUAGAUAUGGUUCCCCAUAUAACACAGAAUGGAGAGUGGUUGUUGAGAAUUUGUCUACAAGAGCUGGCUGGCAGGUAGGACUUUUCCAUACAUUGUAUCAUCAAUCUUUUUGUGAACAUGAUUUGUGCAUAGGCCAAGAAACAAUGUCAGGUAAUGUCUGUGAGGGUAUAAUAUAAAUUAGAAUGUGAUUAUCUUAUAUGUUUACAUAUAAUAAUUUAGCCAGUUUGCUUUUAUACCAAACAGGUGGUUUCUUAUAUCUGGCCCGCUGGUAUAACCAGCUAGAUAUGGUUUAAUUUCAAUUGGUUAUUCUACUAUGGUUACAAAUCAGCAUGUCUCUGGUCACUUCAAUAACCAUGUGCUUUUUAGCACUUGCCACUUGGCAUUUCUGGUGUGUGUCUAAAUUGGUGGACAGUAGAUUAGUUUGGUUGCUUAGAAUAUGGUCAACAAUGGUUGAGCGUUUUCCAUUUGGAUUCCGAAAAAUUCUGCCAAGGCAAAAAAGUUUUGGUAGCUGCCGUAGUCAGAGGUCACUUGUGUCACUUCCACACCAUAUCACAUGUGAAUGGUUUUCAAAAAAUGGUUAAGCUGGUUUUGGUUGCUUAGCAACCAUUGUGGGUGAUUGUCCUGGGUCGGUUAAUGAUUUGUGUUCAGCAGGUAAGGAGCUUGACAAAAAAAAGUGCACUUUGGCUCAAUGAGAGGUUCUGCUUCAAACAUGCAAACCAUUCUGCACUCUGCCACAAAUCUAGGUCCUGCUCCCCAUAAUUUCUAAACGUCUUUGAGCAACAGCUGACAAAUGAUUUAGCUGAAUGGUAACAUGUUCUUUCUGCACCAAAAGUAUUGUAAUUUAUUGAUGAAUUGUUAACCACUACCCUGUUUUUCUACACAAAGUCAGUCUGAAAUCCUUUACACUGCAGUGAUAUUUUCGGUGGGAAAUAAAAUGGCAAUGAUUUUUCUUGAAUUGGAGAAAUCAAUUUAGCAAAAUUGUUCUUUUCAGGAUUUGAAAGAUUACAUGAGGCAAGUUGGUGACGUCACUUUCUCACAGUGCCAUAAAGACAGAGCCGGAGAAGGGUAAUAGCUUCAUAGACUUCAAUAAACUUAUAUAGAAAUAAUUAUAUGUUGAGGGAGGUUUUGCAUGUUCAUAUCUGACAAAGCUGUUUGAAAUUCAUUAAAGUUGCGAUUUGAACAAUUCAACUCUCAUCUUCGUUUUAUUUCUUUCUGCAGUGUUGUAGAAUUUUCGUGUGAAGAUGAUAUGAAACGAGCGAUCAGAAAACUUGAUGGUACUGAAUUGAUGGGGAAACGGCUCAAACUGACUGAGGUAGGGUAUCAAACACAUGCAUGUACAGAAUGUGAGUUUUGUACGUGCGGCUUUUCAGACAAUUAUGUAAUGUGGAAUGUUCAAUUGUUCCAGAGUAAAGGAACUGUUCCUGGAGGCCGAAGACGUUCUCGCUCGCGUUCUCCUAAAAGGUAAUGCAUAAAACUUGUUGCUACUACAGGAUGGGAGUGCUAGUCUAAUAGCUUUUUAAUUCACUGAGUGGUAGCAUUCUCCCCUUGACUUGUGAAAUUGUCUGGCAUUAGACAGUAUACAAAUAAUGAAUGUUUAUGAGUGCAAUGGUAAGAAUAUUUUCAUGAGGUGAAAGAUGGAAUGUUCCAUUCAACGAGGCGACAGCCGAGUUGAAUGGAACAUUCCAUCUUUCACCGAAUGAAAAUAUUCUUACGUUUGCACGAAUAGAAACAUUCAUUAUUUGUUUUAUAUAAUACCAAAAUAGACUAAUAUUAAAAGGUUUACUGUAAGCUCCCGCCAUUUUGACGAGUCGUAUUUGCAUUAAAUCCCAUUUACUGAGUUUCGAAUAUCGGGUUAAAAUAAACUGCGAUCACCGUACGAGGAGCAUUCUGACGGAUGCGAUUUAUCGAAAACACAAAGAGUGCAGUGGAAUAAAACGUAUAGUACAAAUGCACUCGCAAGAGUGCAAUGGAACGUAUUCCAUUGCACUCUAUUCAAUAUCACGUGACCAUAAACAGCCAAUUAAACGAUCAGAAUUCAAUAAGGUAUUAUAUAAAAAUAGCUAAUCCACUCGUUCACAUGCGGCUAUUCAUCUUACAAAAAUGAACUGAAAUCAAAUUUGGUUUGAAAUGGACUUUGACAUUUGUAUUCUUUUCUUUCAGAUCCCGUUCUCCGCGCCGCAGUCCGUCUCGUUCUCCAAAAAGAUCCAAAUCCGCGUCCCGUUCCCCGCGUCGUGAUUCCCGCUCUCCUUCACCAAACCGCGGCUCGCCCCGCCGUUCCGCGUCCCCCCAGAAACGCGAUGGCGACGCAGACUAA